AUGAACGUUGCUCAGGAGCAAAUUCAUGACCAGCACGACUUGAUGACGGUCAACAACAGCAGAAUUCACGGGGGGGACUUGAAUGGGGAGCCGUACAUCCCAGACUCGAUAAGCCCUUACAAUCACGACCCUCACUAUGCAAAUGGUCAUGACGAUGAUAUGAACGAUGAGGAUGAAAUGGAUGAGGAGAUGUUGGACAGGAUGUCCUCGAGUCCCUCGAUCUCGGACGAGGAUAUAGAUUUCGAAUUUGUCUACGCGCUACAUACUUUUAUCGCUACCGUCGAAGGCCAGGCGAAUGCUACGAAAGGCGAUACCAUGGUUCUGCUCGACGAUUCGAAUUCGUAUUGGUGGCUGGUUCGUGUUGUGAAGGACUCCUCAAUUGGUUAUCUUCCUGCCGAACAUAUUGAAACCCCAUCCGAAAGGCUAGCUCGGUUGAACAAACAUCGGAACGUAGACUUGUCUACACCGAUGCUUGGUGAUAAUCAGGAGAAGUCCAAGAAUAUUCUCAAGAAGGCGAUUCGCAGACGAGCGGCAAAAACGGUUCAGUUCGCACCUCCAACCUAUUACGAGGCUUCGGAUCACGAGUAUAGUUCAGACGAGGAAGAUCCAGAUGGCGAAUACUAUAGCAACGAUGAUGAGGGCGCAGCGAUGGACGAAGAUACCGCGGAGGCCGACUCAAAGCCAAUCGGUGGAUUAGCUGGCGAAGACGAUGAGAUAACACCGAUCGACGCACCGGAUACAGUAGAUAGGCCCAAAGCGCUGGAGGAAAAACCAAAGGACAAGAAGGACGAAAAGCCGCAGCAGCAGCAGCAGCCGCAACAGCAGCAACAGCCUGCCUCCAAACCAUCUACCAAGCCAGAAAGCCGGGGUAGUGACGAAUUAUUCGACUCAAAGGGUAAAUUAGAAUCGCAUGCGCCUAACACCAACCAAGCUAAUGACCCUACUAUAGUCGAUGGAAGCUCAGAGCCGAAGCCCAAACCCGUUAGGAACACGGAUUCUGUUUUGUUUGGCGACCCGGAUUCAGAACCCAGGCGUAUUACCCUGACACCCAAACUUGCCCGAGACGACGAUAUCACUUCUCCCCCGGGAGUAGUACCGGUAAAACCGAAAACAUCCUUCGAUCGAAUCGGAAAGAGGGAAGAAACAUUGUCCCCGCCACCCACCACCGGUAAGAACGACAAAGCCAAGAAGGAGAAGAAAUCGAUAUUGGGAAGUUUGUUCAAGAAACGGAAGAACAACUCUAAGGAUGAAGAGAUCGAGGAAUUUCUGCACUCAAGCGAGAAGAAGUCAAAUGAGUCGCUUCGAGACGACUCGAGUUCAGGUCGACCUGGUAGUAGCAGGGGCGGGAACUCCUUCGAGCAAUCGUCUCCACAACUUCAACAGCAGCAAAAUGCUCGCGCACAACAGCAACAGCAAAACGAAAAGUUGCUGCAAAAUCCAGCGAACCAGCAACCAAAGAAAGGGCCCGAAAUCACAAAACUCGUAAAAACACCAAUCCGGAAGAUAGAAUCAGUUCGAGAGGUAGACGAAGAGGAAGAGGAGCAACCAUUUGGGAUGAGAUUUGCCACGAGGAUUCUUCCCAUCGACAAGCAGCAAUCCACAGUUAUCCCUGCAUCUGCAGAAAUGGUUUCUAAGCAGGAGCAGGAGUCAUAUGAAUCAGCUCCAGUGGUGCAGCAAAUUACACCUAUGGAGGCAUCUCCGGUUUCAAUUCAAACCUCUAUAUCAACUUCUGGCCCGGCUACCGAAGAACCUACGCCAGUGAUCACUCAAACGGAUGCAGUGGAUGGAAGAGCUGAUGGGUAUUACUCGGACACUCCUGAUGAUCUCACCCCGCAUGAACUACCCUCGCUUAUACCUGACAAUGGUAGUGGAUCCGAGGAUAACAAUCCUCACGAUACUUCCCCGACUGAGGCUACAUACCCCGAUACGCCUGUUGCUCAACCCGGCUCCCCAGGAGAGCUUAUAUGGUCUGAAGCCGCCCUCAGAACCUAUCUAGACGACGAUAAUCAGGACAUCAGGGACUUCUUGGUUGUAGUUAGACAUCGGACCGAAGUUUCGACUGUCAAAUCGCAUCCGCGGAUUACCCCCUUGUUUGCAGAUGCAAACUCGAAACUUCAGGACAUGAAUACGCGCCUCGAUUCAAUUCUUGAACGGUACAUGAAGUCGCGACGGUAG